CGGUAAACGGUAAACCCCUUUACCAUUUUUUUAAAUUCCUCUACACAGUGUUCUUCGCUUCAGCGCCCCCUCAAACAACACCUCUCUCUCUCUCUCUCUCUCUCUCUCUCUCUCUCUCUCUCUCCUGAUUCAAAAUUCACAUGGCGACUGAGAAUUCGUUUGUUCCAGAGUGUGCUCCGUCGUCGGAGCAAAAUUCGUCGCAGGCGCUCGAUCUCCCACCGUAUCCUCAGAUGAUAAUGGAAGCGAUCGAGGCCUUGAAUGAUAAGAUUGGCUCCAACAAGACGGCGAUCUCUAAGCACAUCGAGUCCCUGCAUCCUACCCUUCCCCCGUCUCAUGCCACGCUGCUCAGUUACCACCUCAGCCAGUUGAAGCAUAACGGCCAGCUCGUGAUGGUGAAGAACAAUUACAUGAAACCAGAUCCCGGCGCUCCGCCUAAGCGUGGCCGCGGCCGUCCUCCCAAGCCCAAACUUCCGGUGGAUUCCAACGAUGUCACCGCCGCAGCUCCACCGAGAUCUAGGGGUCGUCCACCCAAGUCGAAAGAGCCAUUGGAGCAGUCGAAUCCUCCAAAUACGAAGCCCUACGCCGGCACCGGUAGGCCACGUGGACGACCGUCGAAGAAGGCGAGAUCAGAUUCGGGGACGAACGCUGCUUCGGCGGCGGCUCAUGUGGCACCGGUAGCUCAGCCGAACGGUGAACGUCGUGGCCGUGGAAGGCCGCCGAAGGUGAAGCAGAUCGUGGCUCCGGUUGGUUGUUGAGGUUCUGCUUAUGCAGAUGAACAGCUUUUAUGCAACUCCAUGAAAUGAUUAUGAAACCUUCAAACUUGGAGAUAAUGAGUUAGCUUCUAUCCGCUGAUUGCAGCACAUGUUUGUGUUGAGUUCUUCGAGUUGUUUUGUUUCUAAUCCAAAGGGUAAUUGACACAUCAUCACAUCGAAAAUCAAUUUCUAUA